AUGCUUCGUAAUGUUAAGCGCUCAAUCACACUAGCGCGCGCGUACUCGGUUCAGGUGACAUCGGAGAUUGCCGAUUGUGUCAAGCAGAAGGGCCCGGUGGUGGCCUUGGAGAGCACAAUCAUCACCCAUGGUCUGCCGUACCCGGCCAACAUUGAGAUGGCCCAGUCCGUGGAACAACUGAUUCGCGAGAAUGGUGCUGUUCCAGCGACCGUUGGGUUUGUUGAGGGAGUGCCAAAAGUGGGACUUUCGGUUGCAGAUCUGGAAUCUAUGUCUGUUCCAGGGGAUAAGUAUAAAGUUUCUCGUCGAGACAUUCCGUUUGUGAUGGCCAAGAAACUGACUGGGGGAACCACAAUCGCCUCCACCAUGAUUCUGGCCCACGCCGCGGGGAUCGAUCUGUUUGCAACCGGCGGAUUGGGCGGUGUCUCGCGUCCUUUUGACUUGAUGGACGUCAGCGCAGAUUUAGACGAGCUGUCCAAGACUCCGGUGGGUGUGAUCUGUUCAGGACCCAAGUCGAUUUUAGAUGUUCCAAGAACUAUGGAGUAUCUCGAAACAAAGGGCGUACCUGUGGCCACAUUUCGAGACGGUCAAGAGAAGGUGAACAUCCCUGGUUUCUACACUAGAGACUCGGGUGUUGCAUCUCCUUUCGCGGUGGAGUCGAUUCAGGACGCAGUCCAGAUGGUCUAUCAUGGAAAGGACGCUAUGAAUUUGCAAAACGGUUACGUCUUUUGUGUGCCACCACCAGAGAACAUUGCUCUUGCUCCUGAAUACAUUACAAGAAUCAUUCAGGAAACACAACAGGAAGCUCUGGACCGUGGCGUCCGAGGAAAACAGCUCACACCGUUCAUGCUGGGUAGAAUCAAUGAGAGAACUGAUGGAAUGAGCGUCAAGUGCAACAUUGAGUUCGUGCGGAACAACGCCGUGAUUGCUGCGAAAAUGGCAUGUGAAUUAUCCAAGCUCCGUGGAAACACCAUAUUUCAGCCACAGCAAGUCGUCUCGCCUUCUAAGACCACUCCCAAGACAGCCAACGCGCUUGUUGUUGGAUCCGUUGCUUUGGAUUCCACCAACACCCUGCAAAAAGUGGACCUGAACGAUUCGUGUCCAGGAAAAACCGAGUACUCAGUGGGGGGAGUUGGAUUCAACGUGGCGUUUGCUGCUUCCUCAGUCGGUGACCCACAACAAGUCGUUCUGGUCUCUGGAAUUAACAAGUCUGAUGUCGCUGGAAAGACUAUUUUGGAUAAGUUUGCAGAAGUCGGCAUGAGAACCGACGGCUUGCUCGAAAUGAAGGGCCGCACUGCCCAGUACACGUCUAUUCACGACUCUAAAGGAGAACUAGUGAUUGCUUGCGCAGAUAUGGAUAUUAUAGAGACCAUAACUGCUGACCAAGUGGUGGCCAAGAUCGACCAAUUAUCACCAAACUACAUUCUGUUGGACACAAACGUUUCCGUUGAAGUGAUUGAAGCUGUGCUUGCAAAAGCCAACGGAUCUAUCAAAGUUGUUGUUGAGCCAACCAGUGGGGCAAAAGUCAAGAAACUAGUGUCCACCCACCUUGGCUGUUUCCCAGACCACACUGUCAACUUAAUUACCCCCACCGUUUUGGAGCUGGAACAAUUAUACGACAGCUUCUACUCGAAGGGGAAGUUUGAAGACAUUUCCACGUGGUUCAAUAUCCUAGACUCCUUGAACAUCAACUCUGUGUUGCGUGGUAAGCUGGAAAAACACCCUCUGCUCCGCAAAUACCUGGCUGGCGGCGUUUUCCAACAAGCUUUCCAGCUGCUCCCAUACUUCCCGGCCAUUUUGGUUAAAGAUGGAGAACACGGGGUCGUUUUGAUAGAAAUUGUCGGAAUGGAACAACAAACCCCAUCGAAAGCGGACUUCAGCAUUCUCCACAAAGGAAGAAACGGCUUGGCCCUGCUGAUCAGCCAUUACCGCGCCCCAACUAUAGAUCCCGACGCGAAAAUUAGCGUUACCGGGGCAGGGGACACGCUCGCAGGCUACCUGCUUGCAAAACUGUCUCCGACAAAACAGAUCCCCUUUUCCAACAACCGCGACAGUCUCGUGACCAAUUCCCAGCACGCGGCAGCCACCAGCCUGCACUGCCCGUCUGCAGUUAACCACCAAGCAUUGAUUGGAUUACGUAAUCGCGACUAA